UGCCCAUUGUUCCCCCCUCCCUCCUCCCCCUCACACACACCCUCCAUCUGCUUAUUACCCCCCUCUGUCUGCAGUCAUCACAAAACAAGCCGUUGUCUCCAAACACAUCGUCUCUGCGUCUUUGAUAGGUAGUUGAUAACAGACUUAGAGACUGAUGGGGCUGGCUGACCUUGCUGUGUAUAUAAAGCAAGCAGCAGCAGCUAGAAAGCCAUUCAAGAACUGAAGAGACUUCUGACAACAAGCAACCUCACUAACCGCUCUUCUUUCUACCUCGUGGACUCUCUGGAUUUUGUGAAACCUUAACUAUGGCUGUGUUCUUCACUUUGGCUCUCCUGGCUAUGGCAUGCCCUUUAAUGGCAUUUGACUUCGGUCAGUCUACUCGUUGCGUCACUAUCCCCAACCAGAUGAAAGUCUGCAAAGAUGUUGGAUACUCUGAGAUGCGGCUGCCUAACUUCUUGGGUCACAGCAACCUGGAAGGGGAGGUGGUGCCGCGUUCAGAGGACUGGAGGCCUCUGUUGCAGACAGGCUGCCACCCUCAAGCCCAGGCCUUUCUCUGCUCCCUUAUUGCCCCUGUCUGUCUUGACACUUUUAUACAGCCAUGCCGUAGUCUGUGUGUGGCAGUGAGGGACAGCUGUGCCCCAGUGCUCGCCUGCCAGGGUCACCCAUGGCCUGAGGCACUUGAUUGUGACCGCUUUCCUGCUGAGGAAGACAUGUGCCUUUCUCACCACGCAAAAUUCAGCCACUUUGCCAAAGACUUACCCAAACCUGCCUGCCAAAACUGUCCCUCUGUGGAGGAGGCCCCUGCAAUGAAAACAGUCCUGGAUUCUUUUUGCCAGCAUGACUUUGCUGUGUCUGCCAAACUUCAUCGUCGCCGCCUUCCCAUGGGAGAGCCAGAGUUUGAGGUUGAGGGCCGGGUUGAGUUCAUCCGCCAGGGACCCCUCUUACCUUAUGACACCCAGCACCUCCUCCAGCAGUGGCUCCUCAUCAACCUUCGCUGUGCCAAUGCCCUUGUGCGCCCUGGACGGUCACAGCUUUACGUGCUGACUGGUUCUGUGCAGUCUGAUGGCACCCUCGCUCUCACCCGUCUCUUCCCAUGGCACAAAAAAGACGCAAACAUUGCAGUGGCUAUUCGCAAGUGGAAACACCACAGAUGUUGAAUGAAUUGAUGCUUACAUGUAGAACAUUUAAGCUCUGAAUCUGUGUUGACUCACAUAAGAACAAACUUCUUAUAUGAUUCUACACCUACAACACAUUAUUUGAGACAAAUUUAGGUGGAAUUUUUGGAUUUUGAGAUGGAGAGUUUCUUGGCUUUGUGAGUUAGUGAGAAUUUGUAAAGAAAGCUUAAUGGAUAUAAUAACAGAGCUGGACUUGAACACCGUUUGCCUCCCUCAGCAGCUCACUAUCUCAUCCUUGCUCUGACAGCACACAGUAAUAGAAUGCACUCAAACUUGUACAUAGUAUUAAAUAAUGUAAAUUGACUGUAGAUUCUAUUUUCUAUAAGGAUAUUGGUGUAUUUAUGGCGUCUUUUUCUAUGUGUUUUCUAUGUUAUGUGGAAAAAGAUCACAAUAAAAUGUUCUGCAAAACAAUGCUAUCGUGUGUAUAAUGUUAAACAAUAUAUCAGUUU